GUGGAGGCGUGUGUACAUAGUUUGUUAGUGCGCAUGUGUAGUGUUGGUGUUAUGGUGAAGCUGACAGGGUAUAGUGAAGCUGACACUACCAGGGUAUAGUGAAGCUGACACUACCAGGGUAUAGUGAAGCUGACACUACCAGGGUAUAGUGAAGCUGACACUACCAGGGUAUAGUGAAGCUGACACUACCAGGGUAUAGUGAUGCUGACACUACCAGUGUAUAGUGAACCCACUGACAACCUUGUAUAAUGAAGCCUCUAUGACACCAUAGUACAGUGAAGCACAUAUGACACCAUAGUACAGUGAAGCACAUAUGACACCAUGAUACAGUGAAACCUUUAUGACACCAUGGUAUAGUGAAGCCUCUUAACACCAUGGUAUAGUGAAGCCUGUAUGACACCAUGGCAGAGAGAAGAGUGUCAGCCUCACCCACCAGGAUACCAGACUAUUACACGAAGGAAGCACAAGAGAAAUCCUUGCUGGAGAAUCACAGGCAGAUGUCUAAAGGACCAGGGCUCAUCCUGCGCCGGAUCCUCUUGGCUGUGUGUAUUAUCCAAGUCGUUAUUACUGGUUACCUAGCCCUCUGCAUAUUCAAUUCUGCAUAUUCUACUGUUAAAGAACUUAAAAGUUUCCCACAACUGCAGUCUAAACGAAAGGGUGAAAACAACCAUGAAGGUGAUGACAAAAAGGCUCUUCAUUUUGAUAUUGGGGAAAAUCAAGCUGCUAUAGUUCUAGCACAACAAGAAAUGAAACCUCAUGUAGUUCAGGGAAUGGAGGUCAAAUGGGAUGAUAUACCUGCCAAGAAAGCACCUGUCCUUGUAAACCUGCCUGUGGUGGAGGUAUGGAGUAAAGCUGCUGUGGGCACAUACCUAUGGCAGCAUGUCUUGGAGGGCCGAGAGAGCUUGGACGAGACAAUACCAGGAGCCACUAUUGGUGAACUAAGGAUGCCAGCAUUUGUUCUCAGAUAUAGAUCAGGUCCUGGAAUCAUUACAGAUACUGUGCCACAUGAUGUGAAGAAUUUGGUAUUAGUUGUAAAUGGCCGCACCGAAGAGAAAGUGAAAGACGCAAGACACUGGCUUGACUAUAUACAGUCAUGGGAAACUCCACCUGUCACUAUAUUGGUCAUGUUGGGGAAUGAGAAAUGCGAAAAUAUGUGGGUAGAUAAUUACUUGGUUCCUAAAGGCCCUGUGGUAGCUGUUUUGUUGACAUAUGAUGACCCUCGUGUGGAUCAAACGACCUUCUAUCAGUGGCCUCUUGGUGUUGCUACGUACAGACAAUUUCCAGUCAUUGGUGAUGAGCAAAUUUCCCCAGAGAAUCCUAGAAAGUUUGUGUGUAACCUUAAGGUAACACUUCAUGCUAAUUCAAGCAGAAUCGAGCUUCACAAAUUUAUGAAGAAUGAUCCCUUUGCAUCUAGUCAUUGUCUCAUCAGUGUAAGGGAGAGGUAAGCCGAGUUAGCAAUCAGCAUGGGUAUAUAAGACCAGGGUAUGCAUUCAUAAGUCUCUUGUAUUGCAUUUAUAAUGCUAUGAAAACUAACGUUCAAAGUGUCAUAAACUAAUCUUGUAGAGUUAAGUGUGCUAUAUUUUCUAAAAUGAUAGAUAACACUUUUUUUUUGCAUGGUUAAUUUUUUGUGCAUUUCUUUUAAGUGUUUUGGACCUAAGAAUAAAUCUUCACAUAAGAGCUCACUACACUUAUAACAAACAUAUUCAGUACCAAAAAUAAUUGCAUUUGAUGAAGAAAGAGCCAAGAAAAAAUAUAAAAUAUUGUCAUGUGAGGUUCUGAGGAGAAACUCUACCCUGUCAUUGUAGUCAUUCUAUAUUACUUUGGAGUUGCAUAUAUAGUGGAACCUCUACUUGUGAGCGCAUCCACAUGCGAGUUUUUCCAAAUACGAGCAGUCAAUGGUUUGAUUUUUUGCUUCCAUACGCGAGCGAAAUUUCCAUAAGCUAGCAGACCUCAAGGGAGGUUCCUUGAUGCUGGUGAGGGGCUCUUGCCCUUGAUCUAGGGAAUUGGAUCUCAUUUGUUUGUUGGACUAUCUUAUUGAAACUUGGGCAAUGUAUGAUGGAAAGAUGCUUCUUAACGUACACCAAAAAUGAAAGAAAUCGGAGCAUAAAUAAUGGAGUUCACUUCUCAGCAGUAUUUUUGUAUGAUUUUUAUGGUUGUAUUCUCAUUUUUUGGUCUCAUUUGAUAGAAUGGAAGAUAUAUUACAGAAAUAGAUAUGAUUUUGAUUGCUUUCACGACGAAAAGUACCUUGAAAUUGAGCUCACCAUAGGAGAAAUGUUCGAUUGUUUUGGCUAUGUUCAAGAGUAAACAAAUAUGCAGUCGUGAAUGGGUUGACAUUAUUUAUACAAUUAU